UUUAUAUCGUAUUUUAAUUUUCUUUCCACAAUCUUGCUCUAGCUACUUCUUCUUACAAUGGCUUCGGUUAAAAUCGAUAUCAACACUGUCUCUUCUGCUUCUGGCCUUAGCCAGUUGAAUGAGUUCCUUUCAUACCACAGCUUCGUUGGCGGUGUGAAAGCUCCAUCAACAGACGACAUUGCUGUGUACAAGAAGCUUGGCAGUGCUCCUGACGCCAAUGCCUAUCCACACGUUGCAAGGUGGUACAAGCAUGUGUCAACCUGGGUACAGAACCCACCAUCUGACCUUGCCAAGGGUGAAUUCCCUGUGACACAGGAGAAGCAGUCUGAUGACAUUGACCUGUUUGGGGACGAUGACGAGGAGGACGAAGCCAUGAAGAAGAAGAUGGAGGCUAUGAAGGCCAGCAAGGGCAAGAAGCGUGAAGCCGCUAAAUCAUCCCUUGUUAUCCAUAUUGAGCCCGCAAGUGUGGAUACCGAUCUUGAUGAAGUACUACGUCUCGUUAAGGAGAUAAAGCUGGAGGGUGUCACUUGGGGUGCCGCUUCUGCAAAGAUUCCAUUGGCCUAUGGUAUCCAGAAGUUGCAGGUGUCAUGUACCAUUUUGGAUGACUUGGUGAACACUAACGAGAUCACUGAGCUCAUUGAGGAGUUGGGUCUCACUGAGGAGCAGAAGGAGCAGCGCCGCCUUAAACAGGAGCAGGAAGAGGAGUACGACGAAGAAGAGGAGGAGGAAAUCAUGGGUCUCGUACAGAGCGCCAACAUCGUAUCAUUUAACAAGCUAUGAUUCAGAUUGUUGUUGCAAUUUCUAGCAUGCUAUACCCUAAAUUGGAC